AUUUUGAUUUGUUAUUCCCACCAAAAAUAGUUAAAAGAAUCGUCAAUGCAUGUUACAAAAAUCUCGUCGUCAACAUAUGUAACAUAUUCCUUAACGAAAAACAUAUGUAACAUAUUGGUUAUUUUUUCUUACAAAGAUUAAUAAUUGUAAACAUUAACCACUUUCUCUAUGGCUUCAAAUGGAGAAGAAGAAUCCUCCACCGUGAUCGCCAUUGAUUCAGACAAGAACAGCCAACACGCUGUAAAGUGGGCCGUUGAUCACCUUUUGGACAAAUACGCGUCAUGCACCCUCAUUCACGUUAGAACCAAGCCCUUCAAUUCAAAUGAAUUUGAUGCUAUCCCUAAACAAGGUCGUCCACCUACCGAAGAAGAAUUGCAUCAGUUCUUUCUCCCCUUCCGAGGAUUUUGUGCUCGAAAAGGGAUCAUAGCUGAGGAGUUGGUCCUGCAUGACAUUGACGUUCCAAGUGCACUUACUGAUUACAUCAUCGACAACUCUAUCACCGACGUUGUUCUUGGUGCUCCCCGUUGGAAUAACGCUUUUAUAAGGAAAUUUAAAGAUGUAGAUGUGCCAACAAGUUUAGUGAAGUCUCUACCAGAGACUUGCACGGUGCAUAUUAUAUCAAGAGGAAAAGUCCAGAGUAUUCAAGCAACAGCUCCUUCCCAAACCAUUACUAUUUCUAGUCCAAAGCCAGAUUAUUUGACCAAAGACUUAAACAGAAAAUCACUCAAUAAAAUAAGGAGGCGCUUAAGCAGCGAUGGUGGAUCCUUUGGUCAAAAAAAGGAUGCAAGAAUAGGAUCAAGAUGUAUGUCCCAAAGAGAGACUUAUCCACGGAGGAUAUCCCUAUCAGAUGACAACCAAGAUUCGAAUAGCAUGGAGACAGAAAUAAACAGAUUAAAACAAGAGCAGAAGAGAACAAAAAAGAAGAGUAGGUCAGCGUCAGUUGGUAGAGAAGCUGGUUUCGCGAAACAGAAGGUAAUUAAUGUGCAUGAAGAAGAUGAAGAAGAAAGAAUGACAACAUCAAAUGAAAUUGAACGCAACAAAUUUAUAUUUAAAAGAUACAAUAUUGAAGAAAUUGAAGUUGCAACAAAUUACUUUGAUAUGGAUGGCAAAAUUGGUGAAGGUGGAUAUGGACCUGUUUUCAAAGGAGUACUUGACAACACUGAUGUUGCAGUUAAAGCCUUAAGACCAGAUAUGACUCAAGGGGAGAAACAAUUUAAUCAAGAGGUCCUUGUUUUAGGCUCCAUAAGACAUCCCAACAUUGUAGUACUUUUAGGGGCCUGUCCGGAGUUCGGAUGCCUCAUAUACGAGUACCUAGACAACGGAAGCUUAGAAGAUCGUCUUUUCCAAAGAGACAACACGCCACCAAUUCCAUGGAAGACUCGAUUCAAAAUAGCAUCAGAGAUUGCGACAGGCCUUCUUUUCCUUCACCAGACAAAACCAGAACCGGUUGUGCAUCGCGAUCUCAAACCAGCAAACAUUCUCUUAGACAGAAACUACGUAAGCAAGAUCAGCGAUGUUGGUUUGGCAAGGCUUGUUCCACCUUCUGUAGAAAACAAAACUACCGAAUAUCACAAGACAAAUGCAGCCGGAACAUUUUUUUAUAUUGAUCCGGAGUAUCAACAAACAGGACUAUUGGGCGUAAAAUCAGACAUAUAUUCAUUAGGUGUUAUGCUUCUACAAAUCAUUACUGGAAAGACUCCAAUGGGUGUUGCUCACCUUGUUGAGGAGGCCAUUCAGAAUGAUAAUCUUGCAAAGGUGCUUGAUCCGAAUGUGACUGAUUGGCCGGUCGAAGAGGCUUUAUCACUUGCUAAAUUAGCUUUGAAGUGUUGUGAGAUGAAAAAAAAGGAUAGACCAAGUCUUGCUUCUGUCAUUUUGCCAGAACUAAAAAGACUCAGAGAUCUAUAAUAUGUAUGUAUGAAUGUAUGUUAUACUAACUCUAAUUAGGGAAAUUUUCA